AUGGUAACACCGGACAAUUUUCAAACAACAACUCUUGUAUUCUCGAUAGUCUUUAUAAUUUUUAUUCCAUAUAUUGUUCUUGUUGCUUUUUGCUAUAUUUCGAGAAAAACUGAUGACCGAGUAAGUUUUGAAAACAUGCUUUCCACAAUCAUAUUUUUUUUUUUCAGCAACCUCAACAUAUUCUUCAAGUGCAUAUGAUUGUUUGUGGAAUUUUCUGUGUUUUAGGAUCAUUCAUAUUUUCAGUUAGUGCAUUGAUUCUGGAAUCCUCAAGUUUGAUGGCCAAAUCUGAUGGCUUCGAAAAAAUUAUAUCUUAUCCUCUCGUAGUUUUCAUGUGUCUCAUGUUUGUUAUUCCAACAAUUAUACAAACCUUGUUUUAUUAUCUUUUGCUGCUCACAGCAAUCCAGAGAAUCGUUUUGAUAUCAAAAGCAAAAGUUGGAUUGCAACUUCUCACUGGGUUGGUUUAAAACUUAUCCUGAAGCUGAAAAUUAAUAAAAUAAUUUUCUAGACGACGCCUUAAUUUCAAAAUCGCAUUUUUCUAUAUCGUUGCCCUGGUUUCUGCUACUCAAAAAUGUAUGGACCCAGAAAAUAUAUCAAUUGUAAGUCAAGAUCUUAUUGAAAUUCUUGUUUUUACUAAAAAAAAUUUUAGCUUGAAUUGGUUACACUGGUUUCAACUUUGCUCAUUCUCACCCUGUCUUGUGCUCUUGUCCGACAUAUUGAAAGAAAAAUGGUUGCUGCAGCUCAUGUAACUGUUCUCACCCAAACAAUUCCGGCAGUUCUUAUCCAAGUCAUCUUCACAGCUUUGGAAUUAAUGACAAAACAUUUUGAUCUUAAACAUUUCUCUCUUCAUUCAAUUCGAAUUAUUGGCGCUUUCGUUAUGUCAAUCGCAAUUCCAUUUUUCAUUAUUCUUGGAAGCCGAACUAAAAGACGAAUUGUUCAUGCAAUUAUGACUUGUCGAUGGGAAGAACAACACGGAAGAGGAGAAUUAUAUGCAGAUAGAACACCAGCGGAACAUUCCAAUGUUUUGAGUUUGUCUCCAUCACCAACUAUCAGGUUUUAA